CAGAGACCAUGGCGAGCAGAGCUGGUGGUGACAGUAGGGAACCAGUGAAUGAGCAAGCAAUUGCAAAUACGUAUGCAGCCAUGCGCUCUGAGAUCAACCAGCUCUACUCAAAGAUCACAGAGUUGGAGAUGGAAGUAGGUGAGCAUUCCCUUGUAAUUGGUGCGAUACAACCGCUCGAUCCCUCCAGGCACUGCUACCGGAUGAUUGGUGGUGUGCUGGUUGAGAGGACAAUCAGGGAGGUCCUGCCUGCAGUGCAGCGCAACAAGGAGGGCCUUGAAGAGGUCAUUGCUCGCCUUAAUGAGGCUUUGGAGAAGAAGAAAAAGGAGAUUGCAGACUUUGAGUUGAAGCAUAAGAUCAAGAUCAGAAGAGCAGACAGUGAUGCUAUGGACGACAGUAAUCGUAGAGAAGGUUCUGCCCAGGGAGUUCUUGUAGGUCCAGCAAAGGAGUAGGGCGAGGAAUGCUACAUCAAGUUAAGAACAGUCAAACAUUUAGAUGAAAAUGUGGUUAGGUUCAUCAUAAGAACUAAAUUUUGUGCACAGAUAUGGUUAUAUUUUUUCGUGAAAGGAAACAUAUUUGUGCGAGGAUUUGGACUGCCUCAGAAAUUGACCGGCUUGAUUAGAUAAAUGGUGGGAAUGCUUCUUCCAACACAAACCUUUUGCUUCUGUGUUAGGAGUUUUAGUUGGCCUUUCUUCUCUUUAUGUUUGAAAGCCCAUUGCAGCAGGAAUACACCAGUGUAUUACAGGAUUGGUUUCGGCGACCACCAAUCGAUUCCAUGUAUGGUGAUUGAUGAUAAGGCUUGCUCAUUUUGGUGGUCUCGGGCAAUUUGACAGGGUUCUCCCCACUAUCUGUUGAAGUGUAUCAUUUGUACAACUGUUGGAAUCCAAAGUCUGAAUGGUCAAAUGGAAAAUUAGGUGAAUGGCUGAAUGUUGAAAAGAGUUCUAAUCUAUGUGGGUCCCUGUUCUAAAACAUGAGAUAAAUGACCACCAAAGAAAUGGCAAAAAGACGUAAAUUCCACCGCAAGAAAUUAUAGGA